AUGAGCAUGGUCUCCGAAAAUAGCUUUUACUAUGAUCAUCGGGUGUUGGAACGGGGAAUGUGUGUUCAAAACUGUCUUGCAAACGCAGACAAAGAUGCUGUUGACAAUUCAAAUGGACUGAAUCAACUGAGAACUUGCAUUAACCAGCGUCUGCAGAAGACUUAUGAUCUUCAGAUUGAUCCAGAUCUUCAUAUCUACCACUGCUACAACAAACCUAAUGAAAAUCCUCCUUAUGACGCGUUGGAAAUAGUUUUCUUCAUCACAAUUGCAGUGCUAAUCCUCCUUGUUUGCUACUCAACGUGGUAUGACCUUUCACUUCAAUCGGCGCAUCGGUUUACCGAUAAUUACUUCAGCAAAUCUCACACCACUAGUCAACACAAGCUGCUCACCGCUUUCUCUAUUCCGCGGAAUCUCCGGCGCAUAGGACACACCGCCAAUACGGAAAUUCGGCGGGAUUUGAACUUCCUUGAGUCAUUCCGUUUCAUCCAAAUGCAUCGGAUUAUCUCGCUUCAUGUGGUGAUGGCACUGGUUAAGGUACCCAAGAGCAAUCCGGAAGACCUUGAACUGAUGGUCAAUAAACCUGCAGCUAUUGAAUACGUUGCAGAGUUCCAAAACUAUGUACAAACCUUCUUUUCCAUAACUGGAAUGUUGAUGACGAUCAACUUUCUGGAGCACAUUCGCAAAAACCCUCAGUUCAACAUGAAAUACUUUUGGAAACGUAUCCGAGCACGGAUGUACCGAAUCGUUCCGGCUUAUUUGUUUAUCCUCUUGCUGGAAACUUCCAUCACUCGGCGUUUCAAGUUUGGACCUCUGGCAGAGCUUAUGAUUGGACAAUCGAGGGCUAGUUGUCGUCAAAGUUGGUGGAAAAAUCUUCUAUUUGUGAACAACUACAUCGAUACAGACAAACCAUGCCUCAUCCAAUCUUGGUAUCUGUCGGCUGAUUUACAACUCUUUACCUUUGCCCUUGGGUGCCUCAUGCUUAUCUGGCGAUGGCCAUUCCUAAAGAAAUACAUCCUUGGCAUUGGAUUGACAUGGGGACUUGUCGUCACCAUGAUAGUUGCGUACUUAGGUCGAAUUCCACCAGUCAUGACAGAAGACCUUAAGCUGUACAAUAACUACAACUUCGGUCAUCCGUACUUCCAACUGUACCAACCAUUCCACAUGAACAUCACAAUCUACUUCGCCGGAAUGAUCGCCGGUUUUGUGUACCAUCGGUAUCGGGAGUCACGCAAAGAGUUUUUCAAAUGCCAGCUACAGUUUAAUUUGCUGCAUGUCUUCCUAUUCCUGUACUUUUUUAUCGUAUUCACAGGCUGGUGGAUCGUUCGGAAUCAAUCUGUGGUUCCGCCAAUUUUGGUGGCAAUCUACGCCACCUGUUUCAAGCACGUCUGGGGCUUCCUGUGCACUAUGAUCCAGAUACGAACAGCUCUCGCCACCAGCUGGUCCCGAUUCCGCAACUUCUUCAGCCACCCGAUUUUCAUUAUACUUGGGAAACUGUGCUACAGCUUUUACCUCAUUCACUUCACCGUAAUAGUGCAAGUCGUAGGUUCAGCUAAACAACCCAUUUUCUAUAGUAUGAGAGCGAUUUUCGAAUAUACUAUGACAACCUUUAUAUGGACCCUCAUUUUUGGAACAUUGCUCUGCAUUCUGGUUGAAUUGCCUUCGAAUGUGGCCCUGCAGGAGUUGUUUGAAUCCAGGUCGGAGAAAAAGCCAACCGAUAAUGAUGCAAGUACGCCAAACAGAAAAAUACACAAAGAUUCUAGCCACUGAGAACCGAAUUUUAAGAUAAGUGACAAUAAUUUUAAGAAUAAUUCUCGCGGAACAUUACUAAAGGACCUAUCUAACAUUGAGAGGCUCUCUUUGUUUGCUUUCUCUUUCAUUAAUAACUGAGUCACAUUAAUCUC